UGGCGGCGGCAGUCGCGGCGGCGGAGGCGGCCCGGGCGGCUGGGAUGGAGCAGAAGCGCGCCGGGCGCCGGAGUACAAGCAGCUGACGGAGCCGCGCGGCGCUCGCCGUGCUUCCCCUACCGCCGCCCGAGCCGCCCGGUCGCCCGGCUCUCACCGCAGCCAGCGGACAGAGGAGGAGCUGCCCGCGCUCUGGGCGCUCGGUCAGUCCCGGCAAACUCUCCCGCUGCCCGCGCCGGGUUCGGCACCAAGCACCAGGGUACCAUGGUCUACAAGACUCUCUUCGCCUUCUGCAUCUUCACGGCAGGACUGAGGCUACAGAGCGCGUCUGAAUCAGCCCUCUCGCCUGUUUCUCUUCCGGCAAAGAGCAGCCCACCAACGGCCUUCUCUCCGCAAAGCCCUCCCGCCUCCCCUACCGGUGGAACACCCAGCAACUCGGUCCUCCCAGAUACAGCAUCGGCCCGGACAUCUCCAUCCGCCAAGAACGUCUCCACAGAGCCCAGAGAAGAGGAACCCACCAGCCCAGCCUCCAACUGGGAGGGCACAGACACAGACGCCUCACCAACAAGCGGUGGGGUCCACUUAACACCCACGCGCGAGGAACACACUUCAGACACUCCUGAGGCCAGCGUGGCAGCUACAGGGUCGCAGCCCCCCGUUGAGUCUCCCGCACUCACCUCCCCUCAAGCGCCAGCCUCAUCACCUUCACCCCCAUCAACCUCACCACCAGAGGAGGUUCCCUCUGCCUCUGUGAGCACCAACCAUAACUCUGCUGAGGCCAGCACCAAGCCCACAGGAGCUCUAACCGCAUCAGAGCCCCCAGCGGAGGAGCACAUCUCUGGCCACAUAGCCACUUCACAUGCCCCUGCCGAGACAGUGCCCACUGAGACCACGGCCCAAGCAACUGUGCCCCCCAGAGUGACCUGUAUGCUGAUAGACACGGAGACCACCACUGCUCCCCCCGGGGUGAUCAUGCAGGAAGUGGAGCAUGCGCUAAGUUCAGGCAGCAUCGCCGCCAUUACGGUGACAGUCAUUGCUGUGGUGUUGCUGGUGUUUGGAGUUGCAGCCUAUCUAAAGAUCAGGCAUUCCUCCUACGGAAGGCUCUUGGAUGACCACGACUACGGGUCCUGGGGAAACUACAACAAUCCUCUGUACGACGACUCCUAACAAAGGAAGGUGGCCUGGGAUGAGGAAUAACUGUCUUUAUUUAUCAGUGCUUAUCCAGUAGAGUUAAUAACAAGUACCUGAUGUGCAUUGAGCGACAAUCCUAAGCCCUGUUUUGUUGGUUUGGUUGUUUUGUUUUCCUCCCUCUCCUCUGGCUGCUACAACUUCCCCUUUCUGGUA